ACCGGGGCUGGGAGCGCAGCGGCUCCGGGGCUGCUCAUCCACCGCUCCCGGGAGCGCAGCGGCUCCGGGGCUGCUCAUCCACCGCUCCCGGGAGCGCAGCGGCUCCGGGGCUGCUCAUCCACCGCUCCCGGGAGCGCAGCGGCUCCGGGGCUGCUCAUCCACCUGCUCCCAGCACUGCCCGGCACCUCCAGCCCGCACCUCUGGGAGCGCUGAGUGGCUGGACGGGCACCAAGGAUCCUGGCCGUGGGGGAGCCCCGGUUCUGGAGCUCCCGUCGCUCGGUGCUCAGCCAUGGGGUGCUGGUGGGACUGCGGGGCGGUGCUGGCCUGCCUGCUGCUGCUGCGCCCGCUGCCCUCGCCGUGCUGCCCCGCCGCCUGCCGCUGCUCCGUGGGGAACGUGGACUGCAGCGAGCAGGGGCUCCGCGAGGUGCCCCCGAGCCUGGCCACCAACACCAGCACCCUGUGGCUCGGCUACAACUUCAUCACCGUGCUGGGGCCGCGCUCCUUCCCGCCGCUGCCGGGGCUGCGGGUGCUCAGCCUGCCCCACAACCAUCUGGGGCUCAUCCACAGCCAGGCGCUGGUGGGGCUCGGAGCACUGCAGGAGCUGGAUCUCAGUGACAACUACUUGACCAUGCUGAGCCCCGAAACCUUCUUGCCCCUCACCAGCCUCACCAAGCUGAACCUGGGUGGAAACAGGCUGAGGCAGCUGGAGCCUGGGGUGCUGCAAGCGCUGCCCCAGCUCCAAGCCCUCUUCCUGCAGGACAACCCCUGGGGCUGCAGCUGCAGUAUCCUGCCCCUCUGGCGCUGGCUCAGCCACAACAGGGACAAAGUGCGAGAGAAGAGCUUGCUCCUCUGCAGAGUCCCGGAGCAGCUGAACAAGUAUCCGAUCAUGGCCUUUGGGAACGAGUCCUUCAGGCAAUGUCAGGAGAUCUCACUGUCUGCCCAGCACUACAUCACCUUCAUGAUCAUUGGACCGUUCUCUUUCAUGGCCAGUAUCUUCUUCUGCACCUUCACAGGCUCCGUCGUGGUGGUUUACCACAACCUGCGCAAGGAACCCCACGUCUCCAGGAGAUCCUGCAUCUGAGGGGUCCCCCCCAGUGAUGCUGAGCUCCCUCUGCCCCACUGCUGGGGGAGCAGCCUCCAGCUCUGAGUGAGGAUGCUCGCAGUAUUUUGGAAGGCCACCCUCAGACCAG